AUGGACUACUACAACAUCCUCAAGGUGAACCGGAAUGCCACAUUGGAGGACCUCAAGAAGUCGUACCGGCGGCUCGCUAGGACGUGGCACCCCGACAAGAAUCCGACUGGUGGCGCCGAGGCUGAGGCCAGGUUCAAGCAGAUAACUGAGGCCUACGAGGUACUAAGUGAUCCAGAAAAGCGUGCAAUUUAUGACCAAUAUGGUGAAGAAGGUUUGAAGGGUAUGCCUCCACCUGGUUCGCAAAGCCGGACCGCCACAGCUUCUGGCUCAAGUGGGCCAAGUAAUUUCCGUUACAAUCCUAGUGAUCCAGAUGAUAUCUUUAAUGAGUUCAUGGCGAGCAACAAGCCAUACACCUUUGAUCAAGACCGAAGGCGCUUUCAACCAGCACACCGGACCUCAGCAGUGAAUGGUCGAAGUGAAGCUUCUUCCAGUUCUCAGAAGGAGCCUGGUACCAGUACAAGCCAUCUGGAAAAGCCACCGCCUGUGGAGAAGACAUUACUUUGCACUCUUGAAGAGCUGUAUAAUGGAACAAAAAGGAAGAUGAAGAUCACUAGGAAUGUCGCAAAAUCAGAUAGGUGGUUGAUAAAUGCACACGUGCUUUGCAUAACUGAUGUUAAAAUCAUUUUGAAUAUGAGCCAGGUGGCUGAUAACCAUUUUGUUGGCUUGAGAUGUUGUGUUCAGUAUCUUGCGCAUCUGAUUGUCCCUCUUCAUGUCAUCUUCUGUAGAAAGGUAGAAGUUGAGACAGAGAUCUUGCAGGUCGAGGUGUUGCCAGGCUGGAAAAAGGGAACAAAGAUGACAUUUCCCAACAAAGGCGACACGCUGCACGGCUAUUUACCGCAGGACCUGACCUUCGUCAUCGACAUGAAGCCCCAUGACACCUACACUCUGGAAGGGAACAACCUCCUGGUAAGCCAGGAGAUCCCCCUGGUGGACGCUCUUGCCGGGACAACCAUAAACCUCAGGACCCUUGACGGCAGGAGCCUUCCCGUCAGGGUGGAGGAAGUGGUGCGCCCUGGGCAGGAGAUUGUGAUCGAGAACGAAGGGUGGCCGAUCAGGAAGGAGCCUGGGAAGAAGGGGAGCCUGAGGAUCAGGUUCGACGUGGCCUUCCCGGCGAGGCUAUCCUCGUCGCAGCGAGCUGCCAUCAGGCGGAUCAUGGGGAGCUAA